AUGAGGAUGUUAAUAUUGCCCCUGAUUGUCAAUGCCGCCCUUGCUGACUUUGUUUUCCGCUACAAAGGCGCUCAAGGGAUGUUGAAGCCUCCAUGGAUCAGCAUUUCAAUUGGAAAUAAUCCCGAGAAAUUUAAUGUAGCCUUGGAUUUGAAUCGGCCGUAUUCUUUCGCCUUUGAUCCUGUUUGCCAAGAAAAAUAUAAAUGCGAUAAUCGAAACCAUUUGUACGCAUACGACCCCAAAAAAACGGGAGGAAAACCGACUGGUCGGAGACUCGAUGAUUUCAAAUUUGCAUAUCCAAACUACACUGGAAAGUUUUACCAAGAUGUUCUGAAUAUCGGGCAUGUCAAGUUGCCAGCGGAAGUGGGCGACGUCACCGACGGAUUGUAUGUUGCUACUUUUAACUGGGAUGGAGUUCUUGGACUGGGAUUCGAUGAGAGCAACAGCAGUAUUGUUGUACCAUUGUUGAACGCGUUAAGUGUAAAACAAGUCGUUAUUCAAGAAGGAGUCAACAUUCUCUCGAGGGUAAGCGAUGAAAAAUGACGUUGAGAAUUAAUAUCUCCAGCAUAACCGUCCAUUCCCACUGAAUUCUAACGGAACAUUUACAUUUGGUAAAUAUACUGAAGAUUGGUGUGGCCAAUUCUCUUUCUACGACACUUGGAACAACAAACAUUGGGAGCUUCGGGCUGAGUAAGAGCUUUGACAAGAUUGUACAUAUUCUAUGUAUACAACACAAGAAACAGAUAGCCUUCCCUUGGCCGUUUCACGGAUAAGGCUGGUUUACAAGGGAAGUCACUUUGUUCGCAGACGGACUUUGGAACGGGACCUAGUAGGUUUCAAACGUGAAGCGUCUGCGAUCAUCAAACUGAUUUCCAAAAGUGUUUACGGGGCUUCUCGGCCGAGAAAAUAAAACACCAAUUUGGAAACUAUAUAUCUUCAUUAACCCAGGCCUGUUUGACUUUACAAUUCAUGAACAUUCAGCUUUGAAUUUAUUUUUUUUUUAUUUAAAAAUUACUGUAAAAAAAUUAUAAAAGGGUAUACAUUUUAUUUUUACAUACAAAUCAAUAUUUAUAAUACGAGCCAAAAAAGAAAAUAAACUGCGCAGAGGAUCGAACCCGCCCCUUGUGGCGCAAAAACCGAGCGCACUAACCACUCGGCCACCACUGCAGAUGAAAUAAGCUGUUUCUUUUGAGGAGGCUAUUCGCUUAUUUCGGCUAAACUUUGCGGUCGAUUUUCUCGGGCGAAUAGCCCCGUAAACGCUUUUGGAAAUCAGUUUUAUGAUCGCAGGCGCUUCACAUUUGAAACCUACUAGGUGUCGUUCGAAAGUCCGUCUGCGAAAAAGUGACUUCCAUUGUUAGGCACCUAAUGAAUCAAUUUUUGCAGUGUAAAGGUCGGCAAUGAAACUCUAAAGAACCAAAGAAUUGCCUUUGUCCCUGGCUAUUUAACUCUCAUCCCGUCCACGAUCAUACAGAAAUACUUCUCUAAAGACAAAUACGACAGCGAUAAGGACUUCCCGGACAUUAGUUUCAGUCUCAAAGGGAAGGAAUACAAAAUCACAAGGGAGGACUACUCUUAUUCUUCAAGUGUAAGUCGCGGUUUCAUCUGUUGUCUAUGUUUUAGGACAACAAAUAUCGUGUUUUAUUGUCCUCCUGGCCGUUCGGAAAUGUCUACGAUUUUGCGUUCGGCAGCGAAUUCCUUCAACAUUACUGUGUUGCCCUCAGGGCCGAUGAUAGCUUCGGAAGACUGCAGAUUGGCUUGGCCGAUAACAAAGCGUUUUAUUAA